AUGAAGGAGGAAAAUGUUAUCGCUGAUGUUAAUGAAGAUGCCAGCGAGAAAAUUGCCAAAGAAUUUAACGUAAACAAGUGGAAUGAACUAAUAAGCUUAUUUGAUAAAACUAAACAAACAUUUGGACAAAUUGAUUAUUUAAAACAAAAUAAUCCGCAAGGUGGUAUUAGUAUAAUUAACACGGCUUCAAUCACUGCAAUACGUCCGGUGUUUACUUUUGGUGUUUACAGUGCCACUAAAGCUGGAUAUUUAAUACUCUCUAUCAGGAAAUUGAAGUUCCUGAUCAUUGGUGGUCACCAAUUGAUGUCAUCAUAUUUUAAAUGUAUUUAUAAUCCAAAGUUAAAUGGGACUAUUUUUUCAGUUUGGAAUAAAAAAAUGAGAGAAGAAAAAUUCGAAAACCCCACGCCAGUAAUUGAAGAAAUGAUACAAGGAAAUUAUAUUAAAUAUUUCAUUAUGAAAUUUAGUUUAUUCCCUAUUCUUUUAAAAUAG